AUGCCCAGGGAAAUCUGCUGGGUGCCAGUGGUCUUGGACCUGGCCAUGACCAACAAGGCCUUUAAAUUCCAUCAUAUGACCUAUCCAGUAUUUGGUGGCCUGGAAGACAUGGACUCUAGCAAUGAAAAUGUGCAGCAGGCUGUGGACUUUGCCCUCCGUGAGUACAACAAGGACAACAAUGAUUUGAACCUGAGCCACCUGGUGCAUGUGGUGCGCUCCUGUGAGCAGUUGGUGGCCGGCAUGAACUACUACUUGGAUAUGGAGAUUGGCAGAACCAUCUGUCCCAAGGACCAGCCGACCCAGGAUGACUGUCCACUCAGUGAGGAGGAACCAACACAGUUCUGCUCCUUUGUGGUCUACUCCAUACCCUGGGAGCACUACAUGGCCCUGACAGACUCCAGCUGUCACAGCACCUGA